CGACCAGCUUGCCAGGGUGCUAGACCCACUUUACUCUUUCGAUCCGACAAAAAACCCUGAAGCACAGACCACAUCGGAAAAAUCAAGCCCACACAAUUCAGUUUUCUUUCAGGUGGGUUCACUCUGAGAUAGUAUCCCGACUUCUCGCUCUUCGACAAGCAACCUCCGACUAACCCAACAGCAGUCGCCAGCACAACUUCCGCCAAGAUGAAGUUGAACAUCUCCUACCCUGCCAAUGGCAGCCAGAAGCUGAUCGAGAUUGAGGAUGAGCGAAAGCUCCGGGACUUCAUGGAGAAGCGCAUGGGCGCUGAGGUCCCCGGUGACAACCUUGGCGACGAGUUCAAGGGUUACAUCUUCCGCAUCACUGGUGGUAACGACAAGCAAGGUUUCCCCAUGAAGCAGGGUGUCAUGCACCCUACCCGUGUCCGACUCCUGCUCGCCGAGGGUCACUCCUGCUACCGCCCCCGCCGCACUGGUGAGCGCAAGAGGAAGUCCGUCCGUGGCUGCAUCGUCGGCAUGGACCUGUCUGUCCUCGCUCUCGCCAUCGUCAAGCAGGGUGACAACGAGCUCCCCGGCCUUACCGACGUCGUCAACCCCAAGCGUCUCGGUCCCAAGCGCGCCACCAAGAUCCGCCGCUUCUUCAACCUCAGCAAGGAUGACGAUGUUCGCAAGUACGUCAUCCGACGUGAGAUCCAGCCCAAGGGUGAGGGCAAGAAGCCUUACACCAAGGCUCCCAAGAUCCAGAGACUGGUUACUCCCCAGCGUCUCCAGCACAAACGCCACAGAAUCGCACUCAAGCGCCGCCAAUCCGAGAAGGUCAAGGACGAGGCUGCUGAGUACGCUUCUCUCCUUGCCAAGCGUGUCUCCGAGGCUCGUGCCCAGAAGGCCGAGAACCGUAAGAGACGUGCGUCUUCCAUGCGCAAGUAAGAUAUCUCUCUACAGGCGUUGGGUUAGGUGUCUCGCUUCCUUCUGGUUCUCUUGCAUUGCGGAAAGGGAAACGACAUUCAUGGCAAAAUGGGCAUAGUCAUAGUUUUGCUGGCGUGGACUAGUGGGCUUCCAUCAUGAGAUAUGGUUUGUAUUGCCCCUUUUAGCUAGAUCAUGAGAUGUAAUUUCUCAGCACAAAAUAAGAGGUUGAUGAUUCCGAUGA